CCUCCGCCGCCGACGACAACGCUUCAGCCGUCUCGUUCGUCGACUUCGUGUUCGUCUUCGUCGUCACAAUCGAAGACCGCUGCAUCCUCGACUUCUUCGACUUCGUGCUCGUCGCCUUCUUCUUUGGCGAACCCUUUAGAUCGUCAUCCUCGACUUCAUCCUCGACUCUUCGACUUCGUCGUCUUCGUCGAAGACCGCCGCCACGACUCGUCUUCUUCGAAACCCGCUCGUCGCCAACUUCGAAACCCUGUUCUUCUGAAAUCCGCCGCCGCUCGUCGUAUUCCUCUUCGGCGACUCUCCUUUACUUCGUCGACUCUCGUCCGCCGACAAGGACCCCCCCACCGACGACCGCAAGCUCGUCGACCGCCAGAAUCUCUCAUCCUCACCGAACCCCACAGUGACGCUGCUAAAAAUACAGAUGUCGAAUUCAUCAUCUGAAUCAGCUACAAUAAAGCCUGAGAUGUAAGUAUCUACCCAAUUGUUCACAUCUGUUCAUUUAAUUUGUUUGGCAUUGUGAAUUUAUACGCAUUAGAACCCUAAGUUAGUUUUGGCAUUGUCAAUUCAUCAUCUCAGACAGUUGAUUUAGUAUCUGUUGUGUUGUCUUUUACAGUAAACAUGAUAUAAGAAUUUGUUGCAAUAUCCGUGGAUAUUGUCAAUUUAUGGAUGGCAUUGUCCCACAAAUGAGGUCUGAACAUUGGAGGGCUUAUGGAUCCUCCAAUUUCAAGAACUAUGUUAGUUUUGGUAUGAUUCCAUCCGACAAGGCCACCAUCAUGCUGCUGCUGGAUAAUGUGGAUUUAGCCACGGGGAAGUUUUUCUUCAAUGAUAGCCAAACCGGGACUAAACAAGCGUACACGUUUGAUCUAAAUUGGGUGCGCAAACAUACUCGGUUUAAUGAUGAAGGGGAGAAACCCGAAGGCAAUCGCGACAUGGAUAAUAGGAUAUGGACCACAUACUUCAGCAACAAGCAACAAUCACAAUACAAGAGUGGCCGAGGCUACCUUGAGGCCCUAUUGGAGAAAUUGGUUCGGUCCAAAAAGAAAUCCGAUGUUUCGGAUUUUGUUAUGCUUCAAAUCCUCUAUCAAUUGACAAUGAUAUGGACCCCGACCGCGAGAAUGAAUGCACCGCGGCAUAUGUUCAAAUAUGUGGCUCGAGUAGAUGCGGUUGAUCAUUUCCCAUGGGCGACAAUCAUCUAUAAGGAAUUGUGGGACUCCUUCAAGGCUGUGAAGAAAGCGACGAAGGGGCUGACAUAUCUUAGCGGCUGCGCUCCCUUGCUAUCGCUAUGGUAUUAUGAGAUAUCAAACAUUAAGGAGCCGGCGAAAGUGGAUGAAUCGAAGCCACCAAUGACCAAUUGGACAUUGGAGGGUAAGAAAGUGGGUUCACUGCGGACUACAACAAUAACGAAGAAAUCGGAGGCCGCAAUCCACAUCUUACCGGAGCAUGACCUGCCGCGGUAUGUACAUGAGGAGAUCAAGCAUAAGUCUACAAAGAGGAGGGCUGAAAUGGAGGAGGAAGCUACGGGUGAAAAAGCUUCGAGGAAGAAAAGAGUGGAAAAAGGGGAUGACGCUUAUAAAAAGUUGGUGAUGCUAAAUGAAGCCUAUGAGCAAGAACUUGUUGCUCGUGGCGUUGAUACGAUGGCCAUUAAGGCCGAAAUUGAGAAAAGAUUUGAGGAAGAGAAACAAAUCAUGCCCAAAAAAGAAGAGCCUCAAAUAGAGAGACAAGAUGAGGCGGAGAAAGAAGAAGGGAAGGAAGAGAAAGCAGAGGGAGAAGGUGAUCAAGGCCAAGAAGUGGGCAUUGAACUUGAGCAGUCUGAAGCGCGGAAAGUUGUUGAGGAAGUUCCUAAGAAGAAGAGGGGAAGGAAGAGGAGGGAGGAAGGUGAGUCUACUUUGGGAGAAUUUGUUCAGGGGCUCCGUGCAAGGAGCCGAAGAACAACGAAGAAGCCCAAGUCCCUAGAAUCUCCAUAUUGUACAGAAAUGCCUAAGAAAAAGAUGAAAGGGAAAAAAAGUGUCGUUUUGGUGAAAGAUGAUGAUGACAAGGGGGAGACAAUAGAGGAGAAGAAGCCACGUGAAAUGGCACACCCACCUAUGAGAACAUCCGUGCCUCAGCUAUGGAGAAGGGAAAAAACUGAAGAUGAAAAAAAAUUAUUGUCAAUGUUGAAUAUGGGCAUUCCUUCUGCCCAAGACUUUGACAUCAGGCUACCGGGAACAGUUGACGAAGGAUUUUAUCAUAACUUCACUGUUCGUGAUGUACCUGAUGCGUCGGAAGAUGAAAACAAGUGGCUUCAACAUUUUCUAACGUUACAAGUUGACAAGAGGAUUGUUUUGGAGGUUGAGGACCAAACUAUAAACAGAUACGAUAUUCUUCAUCUUCUACGCGGUGGGCCAUUGAAGGAUGAGACGGUUGAAGCCCUUGUUGCAAGACUUCGGAACUGGCUCAAGCUCCCCGAAAAUGCCGCUCGGGAUCGCAAAUUUGCUAUUAUCACAUCCUAUUUUAGUAUUUGGUUGCUAACUGCUUCAAAGUUGGAUGAGCGAAAGAUCUAUAAAAACUAUAUAAAGAAGCAUAUCGACGAAGGGAAGGAUGUGUUGAUAAUCCCGAUAUGUCAUGCUGAUCAUUGGCAUGUCGUCGAGGUCAAUCCGGGGCAAAAAAAAAUGCAGGCAUUACAGCUCCGCUGGCCACGAGGCAUGGGCUAG